GUGAGGACGCGCGGAGCCGCGUUUGGACGCCACGCUGCGGGGCGGAGGAGGGCGCCUCGGAGUUCUAGCUGAAGUCCCUCUUGUUUUGAGAAGCAGAAUGACUGCUCAGUCUUGAGAAGAGAGCACGGAAGGUCUGCCAGCACACUGUUCCCAAGGUGCGUGCUGAAGAUGGUGCAGAAAUACCAGUCCCCAGUUCGAGUCUACAAAUACCCUUUUGAGCUCGUCAUGGCAGCAUACGAAAAGCGCUUUCCUACAUGUCCAGAGAUCCCAGUCUUCCUAGGAAGUGAAAUCCUGCAUGAAUCCAAAAGCGACGAUGGAGCAAUCCACGUCAUUGAACGGAGCUGCAAGCUGAAUGUGGAUGCUCCUCGGUUGCUAAAGAAGAUUGCAGGGGUAGAGUAUGUUUUCUUCAUACAGAAGAACACGGUGAACUGGAAGGAGCGAACGCUCCGCAUUGAAGCCCACAAUGAGACUUUUGCCAACCGUGUGGUCGUCCUUGAGACGUGCAGCUACUCAGUUCACCCUGAGAAUGAAGAGUGGACGUGCUUUGAGCAGUCUGCAUCUCUCGACAUCAAGUCAUUCUUUGGCUUCGAAAGCACAGUGGAAAAGAUUGCCAUGAAGCAAUACACGUCCAACAUCAAACGGGGCAAGGAAGUUAUUGAGCACUACCUGAAGGAGCUGAUCUCCCAAGGAAUCACGUUCAUCCCUCGUUGGACGCCUCCUGUGGCACACGGGCAGAAGGCAGAGCGAGCCCCAGCAGCCAGCCACGAGCCCAGUGAUGCACCACUCGAGUCUGGGGCUCAGGGAUCUCCCACAGAGCAAACAGGCAGCUCCUGCCCCCCAGCAGAGCCCGUCAGCCCUGAUGCUGACAAACUGGAUGCUGAUUACAUCGAGCGAUAUCUGGGCCAGCUGACUCCAAUGCAAGAGAGCUGCUUGAUCCGACUUCGGCAGUGGCUUCAAGAAACCCACAAAGGCAAGAUCCCCAAAGAUGAGCACAUCCUUCGAUUCCUGCGGGCUCGUGACUUCAACAUUGACAAAGCUCGGGAGAUGCUCUGCCAGUCUCUGUCCUGGAGAAAGCAGUACCAGGUGGAUUACAUCCUCCAGUCCUGGAGGCCCCCAGCCCUGCUGGAUGAGUACUACACCGGAGGAUGGCAUUAUCAGGACAGAGAUGGGCGACCGCUCUACAUCCUUCGUCUUGGCCAGAUGGACACAAAAGGUUUGGUGAAAGCCCUGGGAGAAGAGUCACUGCUGCGACACGUUCUGUCAAUUAAUGAAGAAGGACAAAAGAGAUGUGAGGAGAAUACCAACCUCUUUGGGCGCCCCAUCACAUCCUGGACGUGCCUGGUGGACUUGGAAGGGCUGAAUAUGCGGCACCUCUGGCGGCCUGGAGUCAAGGCCCUACUUCGGAUUAUUGAGGUUGUAGAGGACAACUACCCUGAAACUCUGGGGCGACUGCUGAUAGUGCGAGCACCCAGAGUUUUUCCUGUGCUUUGGACUCUGGUCAGUCCAUUUAUCAAUGAGAACACAAGGCAGAAGUUCCUUAUUUACAGUGGGAAUAACUACCAGGGCCCAGGAGGGCUGGUAGACUAUGUAGACAAAGAGGUGAUCCCAGACUUCCUAGGAGGAGACUGCAUGUGCACUGUUCCAGAGGGUGGGCUCGUUCCCAAGUCACUUUAUCAAACGGAUGAAGAGCCAGAGAAUGCAGAUCACAUCCGACUAUGGACAGAAACUAUCUACCAUUCUGCAAGUGUCCUCAGAGGAGCUCCACACGAGAUAGUUGUGGAGAUUUUGGAAGGGGAGUCUGUCAUCACCUGGGACUUUGACAUCCUGAAGGGAGAUGUGGUGUUCAGCCUUUUCCACUCAAAAAGAGCUCCAGAAACAAGUCAUAAGGAAGCCACGUUACCAAGUACCUCUGCUGCUGGGGACAACGUGCAGCUGAUUGAUAAGACGUGGGUCCUUGGUGUAGAUUACAGCCGUGUGGAAUCUCCACUGGUUUGCAGGGAAGGAGAGAGCAUCCAGGGGUCCCACGUGACUCGCUGGCCCGGCUUCUACAUUCUCCAGUGGAAAAUGCACGGUCCCCUGCCCUGCUCUGGCACCAGCCUCCCUCGGGUGGAUGAUGUUCUCGCCUCUCUGCAAGUUUCCAGUCACAAGUGCAAGCUUAUUUACUACUACGAGGUGCUUGCAUCCAAGGACUUCAGGGGAUCCAUGUCAAGCCUGGAAUCUUGCAACAGCGGAUUUUCCCAGCUGAGCGGAGCCACGACAUCUUCCAGCCAGUCGCAGAGCAGCUCCCAUCUGUCCAGAUAGCAGGGCUGAGGCUGCACCACGAGGAAACAUCGCUCAGGGCUUCCUGGCCGCCCCGGAGCUGCUCUGUGCACAAACCAAAGAACCUCAGGGUUCCUCAGCAGGGCUGAGCAGUGGGGCAGGCGCUGUGCGACCGCAGGCAGAACCCACUGCACAGCGAGGAGCUUCUGCUCCCAGCAGGGGACUCAGCGCUGAAACGGCAGGCGUAGUUUUCUAUCAGAUGCCUAUUUCUCAGCAGAAUAUUUCUUAAAUCAUGUUUUUGGAUGAAUGUCAGUUGGCAUGAAUUUGUGUGUUACUCAACUCUCAAGGGCUCCUUCCAGUCAGUCCUUUUCCCUCGCGUGGUAGAGGAGACUGAUGUUGCCUUAUCUGAUUGGUCUGUAGGACUGGAUUAUUCACCUGUAGCAAAAUGAAUCUCGUUUUCUGAGUGCCCAAUUGCUCGUCAGAAGGUAAAGUGGGCAUUUCAAGGGCAGGGACUUGAAGCAAACUGUAAAUACUUUCAUAUGGAUGGGAUGUUUUAGAGAUUAGAUCCAGGUCAAACUUAAAACCUCUUCCUAUCUGACGGGAUGCUAUUAGGAAAUGUGUUGGAUUCUUUUUAACCCACCGAGACACAAAAAUCAAAACUGUUCUCUAGAGAGUAGGGGCAGAGACCCUGCCACCAUGAGCAGCAUCUUUCUUAAAGAUACCUUACCUUUUUCCUCAGGUUUACAAGCAAUAAUAGGUGGAUCUGACCCGUCUCAUCAGAGUAGAUGGGAACCAAAUCAAAUGAUAAAGGGCUAAGAAAAGCAAUAUUUUAUUUCCUGAAGGCACAAAAUAUUAUGGCAGUAUUAUGGAAGUCUUCAAAACAUGAGCUAACUUGAAAGCUGUAGAGAGGGGGACAAAAAAAAAAAAAGCAUGUAUGUAUUUGGGCACUUACUGAAACGUAUUUAUUCAAAUAACAGCUUAUUUUGAGUUCGUGUUUAACUUAUUUAUAAUUUGAAAAAUGAGUUUUUAUUAAAUCCAAUUGCCUUUUAUUGUUAUUUUUUUAAAACGGGAUGAACUUUGUUUGAGAAAGGAACGACUGAUGAUUGAACGAUCAGAUGCAUCUCCUUCUGAUCCCUGUGGCUGCUGGAUGCUGCUGUGCAAAGCAUGUUGAGCACUGCGUGCCUGCAAGGUCCAGUUGGAGCCCAAAGCUUCUUGGGCUCCAGAGGAACGUUUCCCAGGGCGAAGAAACGCUGUGAGCUGUGAGCAGGUGGUGCUGGGCUUGGGGCAGAGCUGCAGCAGUUUGUGGUGGAGGUGUAGCUUCUUCCAGCACAGCAACUCAGGUAUCUGUGGCCACAUUUCACUGUUCAGACCACCUUUCUUCCUCUCACUGAGCUUUUCUUAAGGUUGAAGAACACGUGCAGGUGAGGAGAAGGUGCACAUAGAGUGAUUCCUUCUAACCCUGUUUCCUUAACCAGUGAUUUUGAAGCACAAAGAUGAAAAGAGCCCCAGCAAUUGGAACAAAAGAAGAUGAUGUGCUUAUUUGAGUUGCUUGGAGGUUUUAUUGUCCUUUUUUUAAGGAACAGAGCCAAGGAAAUGAUUCCCCCAGCUUACAUCACUGUGUGCAUUGAUCAGGUAACCCAGUUCUGCAGGUCCUGGGACAGUUCUGAUGUCCAGGAGUUCCCCAGCUGCUCUGCACACUUCACCAUUUCUCCCAAAUGAAUUCAGCUUCUGUGUGAUUUCGGACAUGUCUGGGAUUUCAGCAUCUGACACAGAGGGAAAAGCAAAGCACUGCCUUUGCUCUGGAGAAUCAAGAGUCCUGGAAUUGAAAGUGCACGUGUGUAUCCUGAAUGUGAAACCCUGCCAUUAGUUCAGAUGCUAGAAGCACAAAUCCAAACUGAUUCCUGAAGCGUGGGGAGCAAACCUUGCCCUUCCCUCUCUGUGAUGUUUCAGGUCUUCAGCUUUUUAUGGCUGGUUGGUCUCAUCCCACAGUAGAACAUCCCUGCAUGUGGCAAGGCAGUUGGAGAUUCAUGAUCCUUGAGGUCCCUUCAACCCGGGCCAUUCUGUGGUUCUGUGAUUUCUAGAUUGCCAUUAGCUUGCUCUGGUUGAGAAUCUUCUCUGUUAUGCUGGAUUCAUUUGAUUUUAUAUCAAGCAGGGCACGUGCUGCUCUCCUCCCAGCUGUCAAAGCCUUGGGUGCUUGGCUCUUGCCAGGGGAGGUCCCUGAUGAGCUGGGCAGAGGUGGAGGGCUGCUCCUGCAUGGCUCCUUCCUGAGCUGAUUGCAGCUCAGUCCAGACGGAGUUCUGGAUUCUGCUCCCAGUGGCUCCUUGCAGAUCUUACAAAGCAGAGCCUGGGCAGGGAGCUGGGGAUGCAGCAGGACCUCGCAGCUGUUUUUCAGUACAGUGGGCUCGGGCUGCAUUCAGACAACCAGCUGGAUGUCUAAUGAACUCCUCAGUUAAUGAGGGCUUUCUCCUGUUUCAAAUGUUCCACAUGCAAAACGCAAUGCCUACCUCACAGAGCUGAUGCCAUGUUUAAGGUGUUUGAAGGGAAACGGUACCGUGGGCGAUGUGGCACACGGCGUUGUGCUGUUGUUUACAACUCAGGCCAUACGUGCAACCUUUGUUCUUAGCAAUCCCUGCAGGUCCACCUUGUCCUGCUGCUCCCUGCUUCUGCCUCAGCGGGACUGAGCAUGGAUACGGUGCACAGAGGGUGGAUGUCACAUCACACAGAGCAGCAAGACGGUGACUGAGCCACUUGGGUGAAACGUUUGGGGUUAGAAAAGGGCUUUUUUGUAAUGGCUGUAGACAAAGUUGGCCUUAUGAAAGGCCUGAGGGAGACUUCAGUCCAGGGAGAUGCAGAAGCAGCGCUCUGGGCUUCGUACCACUUUCCACAUGCCAAGGGUGAAGCUGAAUGCUGGCACACAGAGCCACUGUUAGGCUCUCAGUGCAGGUCUGUGUUGCUCCUGGGCUCUGUGCACCCUUCUGUUGUUGGGCAGGGUAACCCUGGUUGCCCCAUCAGUACAUGAGACCACAGAUGUUUGCUGCAGAAUUUCAGGCACAGCCAUGUUCACUUCAUUAUAAGGUUGGCCAGUUGUUUUGGUUUUUUUUUUUCUUCAAUAAUCAGAGGCAGGGAUGCAAAAUAUCACAGCUUUAAUACGAAUUUACAACCCCUGAUUUAACUAAAUAGCUGAAAUACUGAUGAGUUUUUCCAUUCUUUGGUCAGCUCUUUGUUCUGUCGGCUCUGGGCAGCAGUGCCAACACUUCUUUAUGACCUGAAGUGCUCCCAGUGGGAGCCAAAUCAAGCAAAAAGCUGAGCUAUUCGAUCCUAAGGCCUAACACUGACACGUCUGUCAGACUCCUGCAUGCUAUUGGCUUUACCGUUUCUCUAGCUUGCUUGAAUUGGUGAUUCUUAUGCGUAGUUAUUUCUCUUCUGGAAGGCUAAAUUGGUAUUGUGUGACACAUCUUGGCUUUUAAUGACAUCAACGUCCACUUCCAAGCUAUUCAGCUACAUACAAGUUAAGUGGGCAUUAUUUUUUUAUUAUGAUUAUUUUUUAGAAAGUAGUUUUACUUUCUGUCCCUCGCAGCUGUCUGGGUUUAUAUAUUGGGGUCCUGAUUUCCCUCAGCCAAAAAAAGGGGGGGGGGGUGGAAUAAAAGAACCAAGGAGCUAUUCUUGAAGAGCACAGCAGCAAAAGGCUGGGUGCUCCAUACUGUGUUACUUGACAGCAAAUCUGAUGCUAAAAACGUACUUAGUUACAGGAUUUGUAAAAUUAAAGGGUAAAUACAGUAUUUGUAAAAGCUGUACAUUUCUGUAAGUCGGGAAUAAAACAAGAAAG